CACCAAGCACAGAAAUUUGAAGUCCUCGCUGUGCCAGAAGUGGCUGUCGUGUGGAAUUUGAAGACUGAUGGAUUGUACUUUUAUUUGCAAUGGCUAGCGCCUGCUUACCUCAGCUGGGCUGUAAUGAGAGAAGAAAUAUGUAAUUAUUUUCCUGUAUUCCUCACGCCAGAAGAAACUAAUAACUGUCCGGAAAAGCAGUUGAUAAUAGCGUGGUGUUGUUGGAAUUAUUUGGUGUGCGGUAGUACUCAAAAUGCCUCAAUAUGCAUUUGCUACGCUGCUCAGGGGGCGGUUAGCAUGGAUGUUCAUGGCAGUAGGUUUGCUCUUCUGUCCUGCAAUCGUGGAUUGUCAAGGCCCAGGGGGGCCGGGAGCCGGCGGUGGUGGAACUGCACCACGUCCACCUAGACCGACGGGGAUAACUCCACCACUAGAUAGGCCCACGUCUAGACCACCUCCACCUCUACCUAGCGAUAGAACGAGAACCAUACGUCCAACGCCAAGGUUGACCAACACCAGGAUUAUCCCAUCACAACCAACUGGAACUCCGGAGCGCACCAUAACCCCAAGACCCAAGCCUCAAGGAUGUCAAAGGCAGUCCGAUUGCAGAAAGGAAUUCAAAUGCGAGAGAGGAAGAUGCAUAUCUGGCGACCAGGAUACGACGUCAGAGAAUGCCUGUCGAGGCAGAACAGCUCUGCAAGUUCUUUUGGCACGCAGCAAUCUAUCCUCAAUGUUCCUCAGCAACCUGAGGACGUCGUUUGGAGAAGAAAUAAUCAACUUGCUCAACGACACAAGAGCACGCCUAACUGUAUUUGCGCCGACGAAUGUAGCCUUUGCAAGGGCACGAAACGGAAGUUCUGAGGUUGCAAUCCAUGCCAAUAGUGAGUGCUUGAAGGCUGCUCUUCGGUUACACAUUGUCCUAAGAUCAUUCAACUCAUCAGAGCUUGUUUUGGCAAGGCAGAUCGGUACAAUGCAAGGUUGGAACAUUACGGUCUCCACUGCACACGGACAGACUUUGCCAUACCUGCAGGUGUCCUCGUCGGCAACGACAAGGCCCAGUGACCGUGCACAACUAAUUCACCACUCUAACUUGCCUGUGUGCAAUGGCAUGGUGCAUUUCGUUAACAAUCUUCUUGUGCCGCGUUCCAUGCUCCCGGACACACAACAGAAAUCUGUUGUAGAUGCCAUCAAUGCAUACCCCGGCCUGAGUGACUUUGCCAAGGUUCUGAAGCUGACUUCCAUCGAUGCAUUGCUGGCUCCUCCAGCACGAUAUACCAUCUUUGCUCCAACUAACAGCGCGUUCCGCACGCUGGGUCUCGUGAAAGCCAACUGGUCUUUGUCCAUGCUGGAAAGCGAGGCACAACUGCGCCAGCUCGUUGGUCUUAUCCGCAGUCAUGUUGCGCCAAUGCCGUAUACCGUAGUAGACCUGAGUAGGAUGGCCAAUACCAAUUUACCAGUCCUGAGCCUGGAGGGACAGCUGGUGAAUGGCUCAGUCAGAAUCCUAUCUAGUGCGGAAAUUCUUGUCCACAGCGCGCCUCUUAUCCAGAGUAACAUCACUGCAAGCAACGGUAUUAUUCACAUUGUGGACGGUGUUUUCUCGCUGCAAUACCCGUCCAACCGCUGCGUGCAGGAGGUCAGGGAUAGAUACCCGGGCAAGUGCACGAGCUGUCCUAGCGGCUAUCCGACGGGCCGUAUUAGCUGUGCACCAGGGCUUCCUGACAUCCGCCUAGGUGUCACCACUAAAGGCUGUGGCACUCACAACUGUCGCUACAGAGAGUGUGUCAACGAGAAGCCGAGCAAGAUUGUGACGUGUUGCAAGGGCUACUACAGUUCAGCAUGCUUACCGUGCCCUGGCAGCAAUGUGGCCAACCCAUGCAGUGGCCAUGGAACUUGUGCCGAUGGAAUCUCUGGCAGUGGAACAUGUUUGUGCGAGCCUGGAUAUACUGGUACUGCCUGCGACACCAGGAUAACUGACAGUGAAGCGAAUAGCGUGGAGCCAACAUUCCCUCCUCGAGCACCAGAGAGAUCUGGGACUGGUUCUCAGUCAGACAGUGACGAAGACUCUGAAACCGCCAAGACAAACUCACACCGCUCGGAAUAUUUCCUGAUUCCAUUGUCCAUCGGAGCCACGCUGGCAGUACUCGUGGUCGUGGCUGGAGUCGUCUUGUGGAAGAUGAAGCGACGAGUUGUCUCCAUCUCUGAAACACAACAGCAGCCGCAACAGCAGCAAGCGCGGAGUCCUCAGCCCAGUAUGCCAUGCGAUGUGCAGCUUGUUCCGGGUAUGCCAGGUGCAUAUGUAUGCCGCCAAGGCCCGGGAGAACGAGAAUUCGUUGUUGUUUCGCCAACUGUUGUUUCUUUCCAUGCCACUCAGAGUGGCACCACAAUGACAUCAAUCCCAGAAGAAGAGCAAGCGAGUGAAGAAGGAGAUAGCCCAAAUUUGGAGCGCCAAUCUCUGUCCGAUGUGUCCGUGUCUGAACUUGUGGCAAACCAGCACCCCCUCAGUAAAUCCCAUGACUUGUCACCUGCAGACAGUCUGGAAGCAACUAGUUCCAACGAGCUGUUGGAUAAUUGAUAUGAUGAUGUUGUUCAUCAUCAACUUGAUCACUCAGUUAGCAGCAAAUUAACUGUCCCAAGCAUGCGGCUGGCCGCAUUAACACAUAUCACAUACAUGUACUUGCACGUAUUGGAACCACUAGUUACCACUCUUCCUCCUGAAGAUUAAUCUGACUCCUUCUGCACUAUCUGGUUUUUCAUACGCUCUCUAAGUUUCCUAGGCCUUUUGACAUGGACCGACUACGUGGAAGGCAAGGUCGCCAUUUUCAUCCUAAAUAUUCCUUUACAGAUUGUUAUUAUACUCAGUUCACGUUAAAUCUAAAAAUAAAAUAAUAGCACCGGCAUUCUAGCAUAGUAAUUUAGAAUAUAAUCUGCCUUCAGUAUGAUCUGGUUGAGAGUUUUGGGACAUCUAGUUUAGUUUUGCACACUGACUGAUUCUCCAUUGCCCUCAAUGUUAUACGAGGUACAUUGUUCAAGUUUUGAGGCUUCUUGACUUUUCAUAACUUUUCAGGCCGACUUGCCAAUCGUCUUUCCUAUUUAUGAUAUGAAUUUGUCCAGCAGGCUCUACUAGAAUGUAACACAGCUAUCGUUUCCCCUUCACUUUGCGUGUCCAAUAACUUGGCAAUAAGUUUGUGUCAUAUUGUGUAGUGAUGCGGCCUGGUCAGUGUACAGACUCUACUACUGUACUCUCGGUCUCUCGCCUCACGAUGCCAUUUAUUAUACUACAUCACCUUAGCGCCUGUACACCAGCAAAACACAGGAUAUUGAACCCCAACGCAAAAGAAAUGUGUGAUGGAAACUACCCCGACACCAUUAGUGUGUUAUGAUUUCUUAUGUUAGUCACAUGAAAACAACGUUCAAAUCCAAAACUGAA